UGUCCUGAACUGUAGCUGGCUGUGGUGCUGGAGCCCUGGAUGGCCCCUGAGUCAGCCUCAGGGAGGACGAUGGUGCCCCUCGUGCCCGCACUCGUGAUGCUUGGUUUGGUGGCGGGUGCCCAUGGCGACAGCAAACCUGUCUUCAUUAAGGUCCCUGAGGACCAGACUGGGCUGUCAGGAGGGGUGGCCUCCUUCGUGUGCCAAGCCACAGGGGAACCCAAGCCGCGCAUCACAUGGAUGAAGAAGGGGAAGAAAGUCAGCUCCCAGCGCUUCGAGGUAAUUGAGUUUGACGACGGGGCAGGGUCCGUGCUGCGAAUCCAGCCAUUGCGGGUGCAGCGAGAUGAAGCCAUCUAUGAGUGCACGGCCACCAACAGUCUGGGAGAGAUCAACACUAGUGCCAAGCUCUCAGUGCUCGAAGAGGAACAGCUGCCCCCCGGCUUCCCCUCCAUUGACAUGGGGCCUCAGCUGAAGGUGGUGGAGAAGGCCCGCACGGCCACCAUGCUGUGCGCAGCAGGUGGGAAUCCAGACCCUGAGAUCUCUUGGUUCAAGGACUUCCUCCCUGUGGACCCCGCCACGAGCAACGGCCGCAUCAAGCAGCUGCGUUCAGGUGCCUUGCAGAUUGAGAGCAGCGAGGAGUCGGACCAAGGCAAGUACGAGUGUGUGGCGACCAACUCCGCAGGCACACGCUACUCGGCCCCCGCCAACCUGUAUGUGCGAGUACGCCGCGUGGCUCCUCGUUUCUCCAUCCCUCCCAGCAGCCAGGAGGUGAUGCCGGGUGGCAGCGUGAACCUGACGUGUGUCGCCGUGGGUGCACCCAUGCCCUAUGUGAAGUGGAUGUUGGGGGCCGAGGAGCUCACCAAGGAGGAUGAGAUGCCAGUCGGCCGCAACGUGCUGGAGCUCAGCAACGUGGUGCGCUCUGCCAACUACACCUGCGUGGCCAUCUCCUCGCUGGGCAUGAUUGAGGCCACGGCCCAGGUCACCGUGAAAGCUCUGCCGAAGCCUCCGAUUGACCUUGUGGUGACAGAGACAACUGCCACCAGUGUCACCCUGACCUGGGACUCUGGGAACUCAGACCCCGUGUCCUACUACGGCAUCCAGUACCGUCCAGCGGGUGCGGAGGGCCCCUUCCAGGAGGUGGAUGGCGUGGCCACCACCCGCUACAGCAUCGGCGGCCUCAGCCCCUUCUCGGAGUACGCCUUCCGCGUGCUGGCGGUGAACAGCAUCGGGCGCGGGCCCCCCAGCGAGGCCGUGCGGGCGCGCACGGGGGAGCAGGCGCCCUCCAGCCCCCCGCGCCGCGUGCAGGCGCGAAUGCUGAGCGCCAGCACCAUGCUGGUGCAGUGGGAGCCGCCUGAGGAGCCCAACGGCCUGGUGCGGGGCUACCGUGUCUACUAUUCCCCCGACUCCCGCCGCCCGCUGAGCGCCUGGCACAAGCACAACACGGAUGCCGGGCUCCUCACCACCGUGGGCAGCCUGCUGCCCGGCAUCACCUACAGCCUGCGUGUGCUGGCCUUCACCGCCGUGGGUGACGGCCCCCCCAGCCCCACCAUCCAGGUCAAGACACAGCAGGGAGUACCCGCCCAGCCCGCGGACUUCCAGGCCGACGCGGACUCCGACACCAGGAUCCAGCUCUCGUGGCUGCUGCCUCCGCAGGAGCGGAUCAUCAAGUACGAACUGGUGUACUGGGCGGCGGAGGACGCGGGCCAGCAGCACAAGGUGACCUUCGACCCCACCUCCUCCUACACCGUAGAGGACCUGAAGCCCGACACCCUGUACCACUUCCAGCUGGCUGCCCGCUCCGAGAUGGGGGUGGGCGUCUUCACCCCCACCAUUGAGGCUCGCACAGCACAAUCCACCCCCUCCGCCCCUCCCCAGAAGGUGACGUGCGUGAGCGUGGGCUCCACCACGGUCCGGGUAAGUUGGGUCCCACCGCCAGCCGACAGCCGCAACGGCGUUAUCACCCAGUACUCGGUGGCCUACGAGGCGGUGGAAGGCGAGGACCGCGAGCGGCACGUGGUGGACGGCAUCGGCCGCGAGCACUCCAGCUGGGACCUGGUGGGCCUGGAGAAGUGGACGGAGUACCGGGUGUGGGUGCGGGCGCACACGGACGUGGGCCCCGGCCCCGAGAGCAGCCCGGUGCUGGUGCGCACCGAUGAGGACGUGCCCAGCGGGCCGCCACGGAAGGUGGAGGUGGAGCCGCUGAACUCCACUGCCGUGCGCGUCUCCUGGAAGCUGCCCGUCCCCAGCAAGCAGCACGGUCAGAUCCGCGGCUACCAGGUCACCUAUGUGCGGCUAGAGAAUGGCGAGCCCCGCGGCCCACCCAUCAUCCAGGACGUCAUGCUGGCCGAGGCCCAGGAAACCACCAUCAGCGGCCUGACCCCGGAGACCACCUACUCCAUUACUGUUGCCGCCUACACCACCAAGGGGGACGGUGCCCGCAGCAAGCCCAAAAUUGUCACGACCACGGGAGCAGUCCCAGGCCGGCCCACCAUGAUGGUCAGCACCACGGCCAUGAACACCGCGCUGCUCCAGUGGCACCCACCCAAGGAGCUGCCUGGGGAGCUGCUGGGCUACCGGCUGCAGUACCACCGGGCCGACGAGGCGCGGCCCAACACCAUCGAUUUUGGCAAGGACGACCAGCACUUUACGGUCACUGGCCUGCACAGAGGGGCCACCUACAUCUUCCGGCUUGCUGCCAAGAACCGGGCCGGCCCGGGCGAGGAGUUUGAGAAGGAGAUCACGACCCCUGAGGAUGCUCCCAGCGGUUUCCCCCAAAACCUGCGCGUGAUAGGGCUGACCACAUCUACCACGGAACUGACCUGGGACCCCCCGGUGCUGGCGGAGAGGAACGGGCGCAUCACCAACUAUACCGUGGUGUACCGUGACAUCAACAGCCAGCAGGAGCUGCGGAACGUCACAGCCGACACCCACCUGACGCUAUCCGGCCUCAAACCAGACACCACUUAUGAUGUCAAGGUCCGUGCACGCACCAGCAAAGGCGCCGGCCCGCUCAGCCCCAGCAUCCAGUCCCGGACCAUGCCCAUGGAGCAAGUGUUUGCCAAGAACUUCCGUGUGGAGGCUGCAAUGAAGACAUCUGUGCUGCUCAGCUGGGAGGUCCCUGACUCCUACAAGUCAGCUGUACCCUUCAAGAUUCUGUACAAUGGGCAGAGUGUGGAGGUGGAUGGGCACUCUAUGCGGAAGCUGAUCGCAGACCUGCAGCCGAACACAGAGUACUCGUUCGUGCUGAUGAACCGUGGCAGCAGUGCGGGGGGCCUGCAGCACCUCGUGUCCAUUCGCACAGCCCCCGACCUCCUGCCGCACAAGCCGCUGCCUGCCUCUGCCUACAUAGCCGAUGGCCGCUUCACUCUCUCCAUGCCCCACGUGCAGGACCCCUCGCUCGUCAGGUGGUUCUACAUCAUGGUGGUGCCCAUUGACCGUGUAGGAGGGAGCAUGCUGGCACCGCGAUGGAGCACGCCUGAGGAGCUGGAACUGGAUGAGCUUCUGGAGGCCAUCGAGCAGGGCGGUGGGGAGCUGCGGCAGCGGCGGCAGGCAGAGCGGCUGAAGCCAUACGUGGCCGCUCAAGUGGACGUGCUCCCUGAGACCUUCACCCUGGGGGACAAGAAGAGCUACCGGGGCUUCUACAACCGGCCGCUGUCUCCAGACCUGAGCUACCAGUGCUUUGUGCUUGCCUCCCUGAAGGAACCCGUGGACCAGAAGCGCUAUGCCUCCAGCCCCUACUCCGACGAGAUCGUGGUCCAGGUGACACCAGCCCAGCAGCAGGAGGAGCCUGAGAUGCUGUGGGUGACGGGCCCCGUCCUGGCAGUCAUCCUCAUCAUCCUCAUUGUCAUCGCCAUUCUCCUGUUCAAGAGGAAAAGGACCCACUCCCCAUCGUCCAAGGAUGAGCAGUCAAUUGGGCUGAAGGACUCCUUGCUGGCCCACUCCUCCGACCCCGUGGAGAUGCGGCGGCUCAACUACCAGACCCCAGGUAUGCGAGACCACCCGCCCAUCCCCAUCACCGACCUGGCGGACAACAUCGAGCGCCUCAAAGCCAACGACGGCCUCAAGUUCUCCCAGGAAUACGAGUCAAUUGACCCUGGACAGCAGUUCACGUGGGAGAAUUCAAAUCUGGAGGUGAACAAGCCCAAGAACCGCUACGCCAACGUCAUUGCCUACGACCACUCUCGAGUCAUCCUUACCUCCAUUGAUGGUGUCCCGGGGAGUGACUACAUCAACGCCAACUAUAUCGAUGGCUACCGCAAGCAGAAUGCCUACAUUGCCACGCAGGGCCCGCUGCCCGAGACCAUGGGCGAUUUCUGGAGGAUGGUGUGGGAGCAGCGUACAGCCACUGUGGUCAUGAUGACACGGCUGGAGGAAAAGUCCCGGGUGAAGUGCGAUCAGUACUGGCCACCCCGUGGCACCGAGACCUACAGCCUCAUCCAGGUGACCCUGCUGGACACAGUGGAGCUGGCCACCUACACUGUGCGCACCUUUGCGCUCCACAAGAGUGGCUCCAGUGAGAAGCGGGAGCUGCGUCAGUUCCAGUUCAUGGCCUGGCCAGACCACGGAGUUCCCGAGUACCCAACCCCCAUCCUGGCCUUCCUGCGGCGGGUCAAGGCCUGCAACCCGCUGGACGCCGGGCCCAUGGUGGUGCAUUGCAGUGCGGGCGUGGGCCGCACGGGCUGCUUCAUCGUCAUCGACGCCAUGCUGGAGCGGAUGAAGCACGAGAAAACGGUGGACAUCUACGGCCAUGUGACGUGCAUGCGGUCGCAGCGCAACUACAUGGUGCAGACCGAGGACCAGUACGUGUUCAUCCAUGAGGCGCUGCUGGAGGCCGCCACGUGUGGACACACGGAGGUGCCUGCUCGCAACCUCUAUGCCCACAUCCAGAAGCUGGGCCAAGUGCCUCCUGGGGAAAGUGUGACUGCCAUGGAGCUGGAGUUCAAGUUGCUGGCCAGCUCCAAGGCCCACACAUCCCGCUUCAUCAGCGCCAACCUGCCCUGCAACAAGUUCAAGAACCGCCUGGUGAACAUCAUGCCCUACGAACUGACCCGUGUGUGUCUGCAGCCCAUCCGCGGCGUGGAGGGCUCCGACUACAUCAAUGCCAGCUUCCUGGAUGGCUAUAGACAGCAGAAGGCCUACAUAGCCACACAGGGGCCUCUGGCGGAGAGCACAGAGGACUUCUGGCGCAUGCUGUGGGAGCACAACUCCACCAUCAUCGUCAUGCUGACCAGGCUUCGGGAGAUGGGCAGGGAGAAGUGCCACCAGUACUGGCCCGCAGAGCGCUCUGCUCGCUACCAGUACUUUGUCGUUGACCCGAUGGCUGAGUACAACAUGCCCCAGUAUAUCCUGCGUGAAUUCAAGGUCACAGAUGCCAGGGAUGGGCAGUCAAGGACGAUCCGGCAGUUCCAGUUCACAGACUGGCCAGAGCAGGGCGUGCCCAAGACGGGCGAGGGCUUCAUCGACUUCAUCGGGCAGGUGCACAAGACCAAGGAGCAGUUCGGGCAGGAUGGGCCCAUCACGGUGCACUGCAGUGCUGGUGUCGGCCGCACCGGGGUGUUCAUCACGCUGAGCAUCGUCCUGGAGCGGAUGCGCUACGAGGGCGUGGUCGACAUGUUCCAGACCGUGAAGACCCUGCGCACACAGCGCCCAGCCAUGGUGCAGACGGAGGACCAGUACCAGCUGUGCUACCGCGCGGCCCUGGAGUACCUCGGCAGCUUUGACCACUAUGCAACGUAA